AUGGCCUACAACGCCGCCGCACAGUGCACUAUCUCCAACCGCGUUCAGGCCAUGGCGGUCGCCAUCCCCGCCUUGCUCGUCACUGUGGUCGCAGGGCCCGUCGCCUGGGUCUGGAUCCUGCGCCUUGACUCGGCGAAGCGCCGCUAUGACGCGGCCGCGGGUGGUGGCGAGGACAAGAGUCAUAGUUGCGAUGACGAGGACAAGGAUGACGACCGCAAGGACAAGGAUAACAACGAUGACAAUAAUGAGGUGGGCAGGGACAAGGACAAGGAUGACGAGUACCAGGGUGACGAGGGCAAGGAGAAGGGUGCCAAUGAUGACAAGGCCGACGUUGACAAGGACUCGGAUAACGAUGACGAUGGCAAGGACCAGGACAAACCCAAGGAUGAGGAUAAUAAUGAAGUUGGCAAGCAGGACAACUCACUGAGAUUCCUCACUGGGUCCUACCAGGAGCGCUACAAUUAUUUAACCUUGGGAGGCAUGCCGCCUGAGCAAGUCCAUGGCGCUCGCCGCGAUCUCUGCGAUGUCGCCGGCAUCCUACUGCCCGGGCCAGAAGCUGGCUCUUGCCCUCGUGGUGAUGGGCCUCUUCCUCCUCGGGCACAGCGCGUGUCACCCGUACGCGAACAGCGCGCUGAACCGCGUCGAACAGAGAGCGCUCGCGGUGUUGGCCCUCGGCAUGGUGGCUGCGGUGUGGCUCGCGGGUGA